GUGUUUUAAGCUGGGUUUCUGUACAGCACUUUGUGACAUCGGCUGAUGUAAAAAGGGCUUUAUAAAUACAUUUGAUUGAUUGAGAGAUUGACUAACUAAACAUCCAUUGUUGAAUGUGCCAAACUCACACAAGUUACCUCGCAGGAAAAAAGACAUACUGAAAUAAGCCAAUUAUGUUUGAGUGAUGUGGACCCAAGCACUUCGUCUACUAAAGGCUUUUUGUCAAUGAAGCCUAAUGAUAUCCAUGUUUUAUAUUACCCACCCACACUCUCAGUGUGAUGUGUGGAGGUGUUAAUGGAUUGUCACUGCUCAGUAGAAAUAGGUAUUUUGUAAGUGAUCCUGUGGUUACCAGGGUUUUAGUUGUGGACUCUUACGCAAUUUACAUUUGACUUUGUAGUCAUUUACUGUAGCAGAUGCUCUUAUUUAAGAUACUCUUUGAAAAGCUAGGGUUUCAGAUGUUUUCAGAAGAUAGGCAGGGACUCUGCUGUUCUAGGUUUAGGUGUAGAAGGGCCAAGCGACCAGAGUUGGCAGAAAGUGGUGCUAGAGUUGCAGUUGUCCAGGCCGGGGAUGUCUGUGGCCCUUCCUCUGUGAGGUAUGGUCAUAACCUACGAAUGUUGUAGAGCAUGAACAUGCAGGACUGAGUCACUGCUUUGAUGUUUGCAGAGAACAUGUUGUCCAGGGUCAUGCCAAGGCUUUUUUAACUCUGGGAGGGGGACACUGUGGAGUUGAUCCUCUCCACUACACCUGGUAGGAGCGGAGAACACCGUGGACGGAUCCUCUCCACUACACCUGGUAGGAGCGGCCUGCCAGGUAGAAUGCAAUCCAAGAGUGUGCAGAACAUGAGACACCCAGCCCUGAGAGGGUGGAGAGGAGGAUUGGAUGGUUCACAGUGUCAAAGGCAGAGGAUAGAUCUAGGAGGAUGAGAACAGAGGAGAGAGAGUCAACUUUGGCAGUGAGGAGAGUCUCAUUGACACAGAGAAGAGCAGUCUGGGUUGAGUGACCCGUCUUGAAGCCUGGUUAGGGUAGCGAGAGAGAUGAUCAAAGACAGCAUGCUCAAGUGUUUUGAAAAGAAAGAAGGAAUACCGGUCUGUAGUUUGAGUCAGAGUGUUGUUGCUUUUUAAAGGGGAAUGACUGCCAUUCGUCAGGGAUAAGUUGAUGAGGAAAGUGAGGAAUGGGAGAACGUCUCCAGGGAAGGGAAGAGGUGAUGGGGUCAAGUGGGCAGGUUCUCGGGUGGACGGACCUCGCUAGUCGCAAUAUUUCAUCUGGAGAGAGAGGGGAGAAAGAGGUCAAGGCGCAGGGUAGUUCUGUGUGAGAGUGAACAGUGGAUUCAAUAGGCUGAGUGAAUGAGGAGCAGAUGUCGUUAAACUUCUUUUCAAAGAGGUUGACAAAGUCGUCCGCAGAGAGGGAGGAGGGAAAGGGAGGGGCGGAGGAUGAAGGAGGGAGGAGAAGGUGGAAAAGAGUUUUCUCGGGUUAGAGACAGAAGGUUAUAAUUUAGAGUAAUACAAAGUGCAUACAGAGCAACAGAAGGUAGAGAGGAGGGAGUGGAAGGUUGAUAGGUCCUCUGGAAAUGUAGUUUCCCUCCAUUUUCACUCAGCUGCCCGCAACCCUGUUCUGUAAGCAGUGAGUCACUCAGACAAUGUUUCAGGAGGGGAGGGCCAAGACGGGUAGGAGGAAAGGGGACAGUGCGAGUGAUAGGAUGCGGGAAGUGAUGAGAGUAGGGUUGAAGAGGCAGAGAGAGAGGAGGAAGAGGGAGGGGGAUGUGGGGAGGGGAAGGCUGGUUGCCUGGUUACUGAUGGAUGUUUUCCUCUGCUUGUAAAGCCCAAUUCAUCCUGAUUGUGUACACAGCUAAAGAGGGCCAUGACACACACACACACACACACACACACACACACACACACACACACACACACACACAGCCAAAGGCCACAACAGAACAUCCAAUCUAUUCAAUAGUAAAUAGCUGUAGGUUGCUUUGAUUAGAAGCAUCUGCUAAAUGACCAUAUUAUUCUGAGUCAGUGGGAACUUAGAUAAGUACUCUUCUAUUGGAUUAUAUUACAUUGUCUUUCAUGUUCCAUACUAAUCAUCCUUCCCUCUCAUUUCCUCCAGGACCUAGUACAAGCCGGUGGUCAACUCCAGGGAAAGAGCCUCCGGUUGGGCUUUGCUGACCUUGCUCCAUCCACUAUCUCUGAUCCUCCACCUAGUUCUCUGGAUCUCCUGACAACACCACUCUCUCGACUCUUCCCGUUGACACGGCACUAUACCCAGGGGUGCUAACCCUGUCCAUCUCCAUCUCUGGUUUCCUGGACCCACCUCUCCCUCACCUCUCCCCAGCAACCCUUCCCCUCCCUGGGCCGAGAUAUAGAUGUCUGUGCCCUCGGCCUUGGAGUUCCACUGGCAGAGCCUGGCUCGGCUGCCAAGCGGGCGUGUCUACCACUCCCUGGCGGAGGUGGGGGGGCAGAUGUACAUGCUGGGGGGCUGUGAUGCUGCAGGGAGGCCCUCCCCAGCCCUGGAACUCUACUCUCCAGAGGGGGACCAGUGGCUAAGCUUGCCCCCCAUGCCCACCCCUCGGGCGGGUGCGGCAGUGGCGGUGCUGGGCAAGCAGAUCCUGGUGGUGGGUGGUGUGGGGGAGGACCAGCGCCCUCUCAAGGUGGUGGAGGUGUACAACACAGAGGAGGGGAGGUGGAGGAAGAGGAGCGCCCUCAGAGAAGCACUGAUGGGGGUGGCCGUCACUGUAAAAGAUGGGCGUGCGUUGGCAGUGGGUGGUAUGGGUUCAGACCUGCUCCCUCGUAGUAUACUACAGCAGUAUGACCUGAGGAAGAAUGUGUGGGCACUACUGCCCCCUAUGCCCACACCGCGAUAUGAUGCUACAGCACACCUACUGGGCAACAAGAUCUACGUGGCAGGUGGGCGUCAGUGUAAGCGCACGUUGAAGGUCUUUGAGGUAUUUGAUUCAGAGACACGCUCCUGGAGUACACUACCCAACAUGCCGUGUAAACGUUCGUACAGUGGCGUGUUCUGGGACAGUUCGGGGAGGCUGUGUCUGCUGGGGGGGCUAAGGAAGGGAGGGGGCCACCAGAGCUCCAAGUUCACCAAGAAUGUCAACAUCUUUGAUACUAACCAGGGGUUGUGGUUGAAGUCAGAGGACACAGUGGCCAUGAAGACUAAGAGGGCUGACUUUGCCUCAUCUUUCCUCAGGGGCAGGAUGGUCGUAGCAGGAGGACUCGGUCACCAGCCUUCAGUUCUGGACACGGUGGAAGCCUUCCACCCUCAGAAGAGGAAGUGGGAGAGACUGGCUCCCAUGGCAAUAGCGCGAUGCUCUGCCUCGUCCAUCGUCAUCAGGGACCGCUUGCUGGUGGUGGGAGGAGUCAACCAGGUGCUGGAAUAUUGCUGUGCUUGUUGUCACACACACACACACACACUCGCCAUUUACCGUCUGUCUCUGUCUAACUGUCUUUAAGGUCCCUAGUUCAGCCCAUGAGAUCCUGUAUGUGAAAGAGGAGUGUCUGUAGGCUAGAGGACAUGACCCUUACAGGAUGAUUGACAGCAGGAUGACCACAAGAAGAUUCUGAAUUCUAGAACAUUCUAUUCAAGAUCAGUGGUUCCAGUGCUUUCAUAAUGGCUGCUGCUCUGGGACAAGUGCAGUAUGUUUCCUAAGAUCUACAGAGGAAUAGAAAGGAUGGGGAAAUAAUGCCACAAACACAGAACAGUGCCCUCUGCUGGGUUGUCUAUGCACACUCAACUCCAACACACAGUGAGAGAACUUAUAUCACACAGGCUACACACACAGAGAAUAGAUCCCAAUUAUCACCAUACUGACUCACAUUGUACAAAAUAUUCUACACCAGGGAUAGCCAACUUUGAUGGGCGUAGGCCCACUAAAAAUCUGAACUCAUCAUGAGGAGCCGUAGUUACUUGCGGGUCUGCGUACCCACGUGGGCACAACCACAUUUCGAAAUUGCGCCUUGUGUAUUCUAUUAAAAAAAAGGUAGCCAGUUGCACAUCCCUGUUCUACACACACGAGGAGCUGGCUUUCUCUGUAAAUAAGUUAUUCAGAAGAGUUUUAGUAAUGUAAAGAUUCCUCUUCACUGUGUGUGAUCUCCCUAUAGAGUUUCUCAAGGUAUUCAAUAUUUUUUUUACUUUUGCAUCUAUUGUUGUAGAUUUACUGCUUGCCUUGCCUUAAACGUUUUUAACUGGAGAUAUAGAUGUGAUCUUAACAGGGAGUAGAGACUAGAGCAAGGUAAUACAUGUUGUAUUGUUACUGAGAUAAAUACUGUUUAUUUGUUGUGUAUGAAAUGUGUGCAGUUUGUCAACAGUUUGAUAUUCCUUACUGUAGAUGCAAGUGACAUGUUAGUGUACACCCAUCUCUAAGACCUAAGUUAGCCAACUCCUGACAUACAGUACAGUACAGUAUGCAGUCGCUUGGACUAGCAUGAAGACAUGCACUUAACUGGAGUGUGCAUAUAGCAUGCAUGCAGACAUAGCAUCCAUAUAUCUGGAGCAUGUCAAAAUAAUGUAUAUGAAUUAACUGCACUACUGAAACAGAGUGUGCAAUCAUCAGGAGUUGACUAUACCCACUGAUGGAGGCCGCUGAGGGGAGGACUGGAAUGGCUGGAAUGGACAGAAUGUAUUGGUAUCAAACACAACCAUGAUACCAUUCCAUUUACUCCAUUCCAGCCAGUAUUAUGAUCCAUCCUCCCAUCAGCAGCCUCCACUGAAACCUACAUAUUUGAAUGGGUUGCCUAUGGAUUGCUAUGGCAAUAGGAAUUAUAUAGGUGUGAGAAGGUUAAUCAUGUAAUGUCUGGUUUAAAGUAUAUAUCAAAUGGUGUAUGUUCUUUAAUCCUAUGUAAGAUAUGUUGCUCUUUUUAAAAUCCCUCUUUAAAAAAAAUAUUUUAUACUCAUGAUUACAUGCAAUACUGGUUUUCGGUUCAUAUGUUUUGGUUUGUAAUUAGUGCACUCUGUAUUGACAAUUGAUUCAUGUCAAAUGUACGUAUUAAUGAAUAGCUUCAUUCUCAGGAUGUUAUUAAAAAGCACAAACUACUGGAUGAAUACUUCUACAGUAAGUAUGGCUUCAAUGAGGUAUUCUUCUAACUUGAUUAGAAAAUAAAACAAAAGAAGCUUAACAAAAUAA